CCGCUGCGCGUUGAAUCUUAACGCGCGCCUUAAUACCGAUGCUUUCCGCGUGUUUUGAACAGUGAUAAGUGAAGUUAGAUAAAACAAUGGGAGGACUUAAAGUGCUGUAUUUAGUGAUGUUCGCAAGCUUUGCUGCUGCCGAUAGGAAGCCUACAAUUGCUGAAAAACUCGCCGAGGAUACAGAUUUAUCGCAGUUCCUUGCCCUACUAGAACGUAACGUGGUAGCCAACAUGAGCCUGCAGUACCGGCAGAUGACGCUGUUUGCUCCCACCAACCAAGCAUUUCAGAGGUACAAUGGUGAAAUGGACGACUCACUUGUACUUUUCCACAUAUCAAACUUGGCGACGACUCUAACAAAUUUGGACACUUCAAUAUCAUCGGAAUUGGACGGUAACCCGCCGCUCUGGAUAACUAGACGACGCGACGCUAUGCACGACGAUAUUUACGUCAACAACGCAAAGGUCGACAUCUCAAGGUCUUACCAGGCAGUAAAUCGAAAUGGCAAACUACAGGUUCUUCAUGUGAUAGACCAGGUGCUUCAACCCUUGCUGCCCUUAGCUCAGAGCACUGUCGGCUCGCCCGUAUACAAUCCGAAUGCGUACCAGUUUCUGGAACAUUCGGAUGUGUUCAAUAUUGAUCAACAUCGCCUCAGGUCGUUCCGUCAGAAAGUAAAUCAAUUACAGAAGAAAGAUGUGUUCAACGCCGACGGACGACACACAUUCUUUAUUCCCGUCGACGAAGGCUUUAAGCCGACAACAAGAUCUGAUUUGAUCGACGCUAAAGUGAUCGACGGUCACGUGAUCCCCAACUACGUGCUCUUUACACAAGCUACACCAGAAACCGAAGAGUACAAAAGCUUGGCGUUUAGUGACAAUGUCAAAGUUAUUAUAUCUUUUACCACGUCUGCCAACGGAAAAGAAGAAAUUACAUACGUGAAAUCGAAUACGGUGGCGGGAGACGCGAAACACAGCAGAGGGGUUGUACUAGCGGACAUUGUCAGAGCGAAUAUACCUGUUAAAAACGGUGUCGUUCAUCUCAUACAGAGACCUCUGAUGGUAGUUGAUACAACCGUCAUCGACUUUCUUAAGGCGUGCAAGGAAAAAGAAGAUGGUCCCCUGUGUAAAUUCUACGAGGUGAUAAUGGACUUAGGCGAGCACAAUCAGUUCCUUAACGAGCUUACUUUAGCCAAAGACAUCACCCUCUUCGCGCCCUCCAACGAAGCUUGGAAUGAAAUUAGUGUGCAGAAUAUUAUAAGGAACCAUCAGAAGCUGAAAGAAAUACUGAAUUUGCAUUUAGUGCGAGAAAGAUUACCAUUGGACGCUAUCAUUCAUAACAACAUGAACCAGCUUCCUGGCGCAAUCUAUCAAGCACCAACAGCGCUACCGAGAAAAUAUUUGUAUUUUAACGUAAUAAGUCGUCAAAAUAAUUUAACGUUGACGGUGGAAGGCGGUGGCGUGAACGCAACAGUUACUCAAACCAACAUCGCGGCUACGAAUGGCUUUGUACACAUCAUCGAUAGGGUACUAGGCGUUCCGUAUACAACUGUUUUCGAAAAAAUGAAGACCGAUCCCAUGCUUAACAUCACAUACAAUCUCGGUAAGCGGCAGAUGUUCAACCACCAACUAAACGACAUGGAGCACCGCUACACGUACUUCGUCCCCCGCGAUCAUGCCUGGUUAAAAUUCCAAAUAAAGCACCCAUCCGCCUACAAUGCCCUGUUUAAAGAAGACUUCGGAUACUAUACCAAACAGAUUCUAGAACGACACGUCAUUCGCACUGACCGCGCGUACACCGUGUCAGACCUCAAGCUGCUGGCCAACGAGACACACCCCUUCGUACUGCCGUCUUCUCGCGACCCACUUCGACUGCGCGUCAAGGAGUCAGAUAAGAAUUACUACAUUGAAUGGAACGGACGUUGGAUCCACGUUUUCAGACCAGACGUCGAAUGCACUAACGGAAUUAUCCACGUCAUAGACGAGCCUUUUGUACUCGAAAGUGACAUCAGAGCCACCGGCGGUGGGGACAAAACUCGCUCAACUUAUGCUUUUAUCCUUCUCUUCAUCUCUUUCGCCUUCGCUAGGCUCUUAGAAAACUGAAUCUUCACAUUUAUGAUUUCCAACCCUUAAAUUUUCAAAUAGCAAUUCAAUAACAAUAUUUCGGAACAAGAGCUCUAAAAUUUUAUUUAAAUGUGAACUUGUUCUAGUAAAUUUUUAAGUUCAACGUUGUUUUAUUUCGUAUAAUUAAUCAUCCAGUUUUCAUCGAAUUUACUAAAUGUAUUAAUGUGUCACUUUGAAGUUCUUAAGAAUUGUGUAAGGAAUGUUGUGUCCAUUAAAUUUGAUAAGCGAAAUAUCUAACUGUAGCAUUAGUAUUGCUGUUCAUGUGUAGUUACGGGAAUAUACAAUACAGUAAAUUUUAGAUAGUUACCAAAUGUAUGGAUUAAAAAAAUGCAAAAAAUUCGUAAAUGUAAAUCUUUCUUUUAAAGGAAAGUGGUAUAAAUUGUGUGUUUAUUUAAGUUUUGUGAAAAUAAUACAUAAUAUAAUUAUUUGAGACUAUAAUUAAUGGAUGGACAGUGAAAAGUAUAUUGAUUUGUACAAAAAAUAUUUUAUGUGUCAUUUCUAUAUAUUUUAAAAAAUCUCCAGAAUCUGUGCAGAUUUAAAUUUCUGGAUUAUGCAAAGCUUUGUUAUCAUUGUUUAUAUCAGAUGAGGAUUUGCAAUGUUUAGUGAAUAGGAUUAAUCGCUGAAGAAUUUAUUACAUCUUCGUCUAGUCAAUACUAAAAUUAAACUCAAAGUCAAAACUAAACUGAUUUCUGGCUAUAGAUGAUGAUAUACUAUUUAGUUAAAGAAGUUAUAUUUGUUUUUCUCGUUAAAAUAAACCUCAAAAUUAAAAAUUACAAUCGAAAAUUGUUCACGCUUGAAAUGGCCAUCACAAAAAAUAUUUACAAUUUAUUCCUAUACCAAUAUUUUUUAGCAAAUACUUCUUUAGAAUUUAUUGUGUAAUUCAAAAUUAGACAAUUAUUUGAACUAAAUUUCAAAACAGGUUUUGUGUCAGCCUGAGUAGUGCCUUUUUUGGUGAAAAAAUUUUUAACUUGUCCCUUAAUAGAAUAAUUUUACAUUCCAAUUAAAUUAACUUCAAAUCUAUUUAUACAUUGUCGUAACAAAAGUUCUACGCGCGUUACAUUUCUUAAAAGUCUACUAAAUUACUUAUACAAAAACAAAGUUUUGAUUUUAAUCGCCAUGAUUAUGCUAUUGAGAAAUUAUUUGUAUUUUAACUGUUAUUAUAAAAUAUGCAGUGUUUAGCAUUUUAAAUAUGAAAUAUUUAAGAAUAAUGUUUUAUUUGUAUAUAGGAAUGGGAGUGCUUAUAAAUUAUGGUGCAUUUAUAUGGGGCGAUGUAUACACGGGGUCGAUAAAGUGAGAAACUAAUGUUCGUUUAUUAACAUGUGUUGUCCAAUCAACAGCUGUUGAAAGAGCUUUAGAAGUUUGGAGAAACAAAAAAUGAAGAAUGAACUCGUACACCAAUAAAGUAAUAAAAUUAAUAUUUGAAAAGAUUUUAAAUGCUCUCAUUUCGUGAAACACGCCAUGUGUAAAAUCGCCCGAAUCAUUAUUAAAUGUAAAUAUUUUUCAUAAUUUAUUUUAAGUUACCAAAUAAAACGAUUUGAUAUGAAAUCCCUGGAUGCGACUGAAACUUAUCAUAUCGAAAUACUUAACGCAAUAAAUCAGUAUUAUUAUAAACGGUGGUGCUGCCAUACGAUACUUCUCACGAUUAGACAAGAAACUUUUCGAUUAGAACAUUUUAUAUGGUUAAUCACGUAACUUUUACAAUAUGACUGAUUUUUUAAAACAAUUUAUACACUAUCGUAUGACGGCAUUGCUUUACGCAUUUCAGUCGUUCGUAAUAACUGUAAUAUAUUGGGUUAUUUUAUUUUAGCUUCUAGUGUAAGAUACAUGUGUCAUUUAUAAAGAACCUAAGUAAACCAAAGCUUAUCACAUUAUCGUAACGAUGUAAACUCACAACAGUAAGGAUACAUUCAAUAUAGUCAUUAAAUAUUAUAAUCAAUUAUACUUAUAUAGGAGUUCUAUUGACAUUAAAAUAACCUUAGAAUUACUCGGGACGAGAUACCCAAGACAAUAUAAUAUGUUUCGACCAAGUUUGUAGCCAAAUAUUUGGUUAAAAGCAUUCGGUUAAAUGGAAUUAUUAAUGUUAUUUGGAAUGUAUCAAUUAACGAUAAACGAUGUAUGUAAGUGUUUUCUGAAUAAAGACUUUACGUAAAUA